GGAAUUCGCGGCAGGAGGACGAGCAGGGUACGCAUCCGCAGGCAACAAGAUCAGAUUUUGUAGUGUUCACGGCGGUAAGCGGUGUGAUUGUCGAUAGGGCGCGUGAGAAGAGGAUCAUGAAUAUAGGUAGGACUUAGGAAUGACGAUCGCUGUAUAUCUAGUUGCACGUCCUUUUCAGGACUUCAGAUUUGCAGCAUACAAAUCUUGGUUGCUAUGUCUCUGUAGCAUGCCAUUCUUGAACUUCAAGAUGGGUGAAGCUGGUGAAAUUCAGCUGCACAUCGCAGGUUUUCGAGGCCAAGAAGCUGAAGACGAUCGUGGACAGAUAGCUGAGAAGGGUGGUACCGGUCCUGCGAACGCUGCGCCGCCGCCGCCGAUAUGGAAACGGCUGAAAUGGUGGGCCGUAGUCCUUGCCAACAUCGUGUUCCUCCUGGCCGGGCAGAGCGUGGCCACCCUCCUCGGCAGGAUCUAUUACGACCAGGGCGGCAAGAGCUUGUGGAUGCAGACGGUGGUGCAGUCCUGCGGCGCGCCCAUCGCCAUCCCGCUGCUCCUCUACUUCCGGCCAAAGUCCUCCUCCUCCGCGGCCCGUCCGCUGCUCGUCGAGGUCGCCGCCAUCUACGCCGGCCUGGGCGUCCUCCUCGCAGGGGACAACCUGAUGUACUCGUACGGCCUCCUGUACCUGCCGUUGUCGACCUACUCGAUCAUCGGGGCGACCCAGGUCUGUUUCAACGCCGUCUUCUCUUACUUCCUGAACAAGGAGAAGUUUAGGGCACUCGUGCUGAACUCCGUCGUCCUGCUCACCUUCUCGGCCGCGCUCAUCGGCGUGGGCCACGGCUCGGAGGAGACCAGCAGCAACGUCCCGGAGGGGAAGUUCUCGGCGGGGUUCGCGCUGACGCUGUCGGCGUCGGCCCUCUUCUCCCUGAUCCUGUCCCUGAUGCAGCUGACAUUCGAGGAGGUGCUCAGGAGCGACACGUUCUACACAGUGCUGGAGAUGCAGUUCUGGAGCAACACCAUCGCCGCGUGCGUGUCGGUGGCCGGUCUGUUCAUCUCCGGCGAGUGGAGCACCCUGGCCGGGGAGAUGGAAGGGUACCAGAAGGGCAAGGUGGCGUACGCGAUGACGCUGGCGUGGACGGCCAUCACGUGGCAGCUUUGCACGAUGGGCAUGAUGGGGCUCGUCGCGGCCGUGUCGUCGCUGUUCACCAACGUGAUCAGCACGGUGGGGACGCCGCUGUCGCCGGUCAUCGCGGUGAUCUUCCUCGGCGACCGCGUGGGCGGGGUGAAGCUGCUGGCCAUGCUCAUAGGUGUCUGGGGGCUCUUGUCCUACGUUUAUCAGCACUACCUCGAUGACCGUGCUAAGGUCAAGAAGAUAGACGAGAAAUCUGACGAACACCACCAAGCUGCAAAACUCUCUGCAGAAUGAUUCGAUUUUCUCAACAUUUUAAGCUUAGAGAAUAAAUUUUGUUCACUCCGGAUCGAUGGAUCUUCAAUACUAACUACUGUAUAGAAACUUCUUGUCAGUGCCCAUGCGUAAAGGUUGAAAGUUCAGUUCA